AUGCCGACGGAACUGGAAGAGCUCGUGGGCUUCAUUGCCCAUCCCAACCCUCAGAUCCGUCUGGCUGCCACUGAGAAUCUAGUGCCAUAUUCCACUGCUGAGCCUGCAAUUUUCAAAACGGAAGAGCUUAAGCCCAUCAAGAACUUGAAGCUCUUGAUUCGGGAUCACCCUAAAAUUGCGGAACAUGUCUUGACAAUGUUGGUCAACUUAUCAGGAGACCCUGAAAUUUUGGACGACUUGGCAAAAGACGACAAGUUUGUCGGUGUAGUACUGGAUCACAUCGUUGGUCAACAAGAGCCCAAUGCCAACCUACUAGCCAUGCUCCUCGCCAAUCUCGCCAAACAAGACAGUCUGAAAUCCAUCCUGGAAAGAAAGCAGUCCGCCCCAGAGGCCCUCAGCUCCGACGACUCCAUCAUGAACCAGCUCAUGGACCUCUUCGUCAAGGGCCAAGACGGCGCAUACAACAAGAAAGCUGACUACGACUACCUCGCCUACGUGUUUGCCGAUCUAUCCAAACACGACAGCAUCCGGAGCUACUUUCUAACCGAACAGAAAUACGACCAAGUCAUCCCCCUCACUAAAAUCAGAGUCUUCACAGAGCACAAGUCCGACGUGAGAAGAAAAGGCGUCGCGAGCACCAUUAAAAACGUCGCCUUUGACAUUGACUCCCACCCUGCGUUCCUGGACGAAGACGGCAUUAAUCUCCUGCCGUACGUGCUGCUGCCUAUUACUGGAAAUGAAGAGUACGACGUGGAGGACACGAUGGAGAUGUUGCCGGAUUUGCAGCUCCUGUCGCCUGACAAGAAGAGAGAUCCGGAUAGCAAGAAUAUCCAGACACAUAUCGAGACGUUGACGUUGUUGACGACGACGAGAGAAGGCAGGGAUCUGAUGAGGAGGGUCAAGGUGUAUCCGAUUAUUAGGGAGACUCAUAUACGGGUGGAUGAUGAGGAUGUGAGAGAGGCGUGCGAGCGGCUGGUGCAGGUUUUGAUGAGAGAUGAAGAGGGCGAGGGGAAGGAGGAGGAUGGUUUGAGUAACAGGGUGCAAGAGAUUGAUGAGGAUGACGAGCUUGUUGAGGUUUAA